AUGAGAAGAAGACCAAAUGAUUCAUCAUCGUCCCACUCGAAUCAAUUAGACUCUACUAUAAAUGAAGAGUUGAAUAAUUCCAGAGCAUAUAAUAGCUAUAAGCAAGGAGGCCAAUCCGGGGGGCAUAAUAAUAACAAUAAUAAUACAAAUAGAAUCUCCACUAGCUCAUUCUUCAGUCUUAAGAAGAAUAGGAAUCAAAGCGUUAAUGAAAGCUACAGUGAUACAUCAUCCUUCGACUCGUCGAGCAUACUAAGUGGUGGUACUGGGAAUAUAAGUCAUAAUAAUAAACGGCACAAUAGCGUAGUGUCGACCAAUAAAUCUAAUACGAAUAUAGUACCUACGCCUCAGGUCACUAAUUCCAAUCAUUCUCGACAUGCAUCAACAUAUAGCAUAUCUACGGUUUCUAAUCCGUAUGAAACUAAGACUUCGAGAUCAGUACACAAUAAUGCAUUAUCAAGGAAGCCUACCGGCUCUUCCAUGAUUUCCAAGCCAUCAUUAUCGUUAGCUAAUGCAAAUGAAACUUCGAAUAAUGGUGCAAAUGGUUUUGUGCUAGAGAGGCCGGACCUGGUUUAUGAAAUCGAUAGGAUGUUUCGUGAUUUGAUGGAUAAAAGAGAUUUUAAGUCAUUACCACCGCAGGCUAAACAGGAAAUGAAUAAUUAUAGUCCGGAUAAGAAAUGGAUGUUAAUUUACCAAGAUGCUUUAACUGAGUAUAAGAGACAAGAGCGAGCAGUUCGUAACAAGGAAGAAAAUGCUACUCCAGAGUUUUAUACGAAAUUAUUGCUAGCUAAGACUAUUACUGCCCAGCAAUUGAAGAAUCUUUGGGUGUCGUUAAGAACUGAACCUAUAGACUGGGUUAGAAGUUUUAUCUAUGACUGUCAGGGUGAUGCGAUAUUGUCUGCAUACUUGAUUAAAAUUCAAGAUUCGAUCAAUCAAGUUGAUAUAAAUGAUAUUAAUGAUGAUAUUUUUGAUAAGGAGUUCAAUACUUUAAAGGCAUUGAAAUGUAUGAUGAAUCAAAAAUUAGGUGCCGAGAGGGUUAGGACCGACGUUAAUUUAUACGUUAAUGCCGUUUCAGGUUCAUUAUUAUCCCCUCGAAUACUUACUAGAAAAAUUGCUGCUGAAUCGUUGACAUUUAUGAUAGCCUACUAUAGCCACAAUAAUGACAAUGAUAAUCAAGAUGCUUACCACAAGAUACUAAGAGCAUUAGAUAAUAUAUCUACUAAACCAUUUUUUGAAUUUGAGUCAGGAAAUGAUGCUGCCCACAGUACCUCUUCAAAAAAGAAAUUGGUGAGAAAACCACCCGCUGGAGAAUCUUACAAGAGGUUUGAGUUGUGGUUGAAAUCAGUGGAGAAGAUUAUUGAUGGUAAAGGGAAGUAUAUGAACUCGUUAGUUGGUGCCAGUGAAGAAUUGAAAUUUGCUUAUACUGGAAAUUCUAAUCAAGGUAAUCUUGAAAAUCAUUUGUUAGAGUAUUGUCUAGGCACAAUGCUAUUGAUUAAUACAAUAGUUGAGUAUGGAGUUGAUUUCAGAGUUAGAAUACAUUUAAGAGCACAAUUUUAUUCUGCAGGGCUUGAUAGACUUUUUGCAAAAUUCCAAGAAUUAAAUUAUGAAAAUUUAAAUCAACAAUGUGCCAAAUUCAUAGACUUAGCUAACAGUGAUGAAAGUUAUUUAAAAAGUAAAGAGCAAAUUGAUGAAAAUCUUGAUUUCAAUGAUCCUGUCGAAUUAGUUGGUUCACUAUGGAAGAAUAUCAAGAAUAGUGAAGCACAAGGCUUUUUUCUUAGUGCAAUCCAGCAUUUAUAUCUUAACCAGUCUGAGAAAAAAGACGAUGCUGAUGAAUUAUUAAGAAGUUUGAAAUUGUUGGAUGGUUUAAUUCAAAAUGUUACAAUGGUUCACACGACAAAUGAUGAUUCAGCGGUAGGAAUUGCUAUCAACAAGUUAUUUUCAAGCUUAAGUACCGACGAUAUGUAUAGAAAGGCUAUCGAGGAAGCAAGAAACUUCAAGCAAAUAGCUGAGGAAGCUACAGCCGAAAGAGAUGAGUUAUCUAGACAGUUGUCAAUGGGUGCUGAUGGCUUAAUUACAAAUUUAUCCAAUGAGAUUAAAGAGCAAGAAACUGUUCUAUAUAGAACAAGACGAUUAAAUGAAGAGUUAAGUCAAGAGCUAGAAGAUUUGAAAAGAAGACAUCUUGUCGAGAAACAAGAGCAAGAAUUAGAGAUGAGAGAGAUGUUAAUUAUGCUAAAUGAUAAUGCCAUUCUUGAAUCAAAGAGGAAUGGUCCUAAGACAACCGUACUGAUUCAAACGAGUAAUGAAAAAUUGGUUAAAAAAUUACAAAAGGAGAUUCAUAGGAGAAAAGCUGAGUAUAAAUUAGAUAAUAGACAAUUUGGUACUCAAGUAGAACCAAGUUCAAGGUUAAGAGCAUUAAGAGAUCAAAUGGGUGAUAUAGAAAAUAUGGCUAGAGAAUUAGAAAUGACAGAUUUUGAAACGUACGUGGACCCAGACCUCAGUAAUGCCGAACCUAAAUAUGAUCCUAUAGAAUCAAAAGAGUUAGCAGAAACUUCUGAAGAUGAAUUUGAAGAUGCGGAAUCAACAGCUCAUAGCAUUGUAGAGGUUCCAGAUUUGGAUGCACCCAAAGGUCCCCCAAGGCCAUGUCGAGAGGAUGAUUUAGAAAAGCUUGACUCUUUAAGAAAGAAGUUGUCGUCUUUGCAAAGUGAAUCAAAUGAUAUUAUGAAAUUCAACAACAGCUCCAUGUUUAAUAAACAAAAAUACUUAGCAAUGGAAAGAUUGCGAGAAUUGCAAGAUAACUUUAAAGAUUUCAAUAUAGAUUUUAGUGUCGAUGAAGAAGAAUCUAAAUCAUUCAGUUUUGAACAUGUUGAUCCAAGCAUAAAGGCAAAGGUUCACGAAGAGUUAGAACAAGUUGAGAAGUUGAAGAAGAGUUUGGAAAUAAAAUUGUUAUCAUUGAAUAUAAAGCCUGCUAACUCUACGAAAUCUGAAAACACUAUGCAAAGAUUAGAAACUAAGUACAUGCAAGGCAAAAAACCAACCGCUGAAGGAACUAUUAAAUCUACAAAUAACACCAGUGAUUAUAGAAAACACAGAAACACUACAACCGAUGGUAUGGAUCCUAAAUUUUUAAAAGAAUUAAGUUCGACGGUUAAUAAAGCUGCACCAAUUGAUGGGUUUGAUGAUAUAAAAGAGAAAUCAGCUAAUAAUGUGGAAGAGCCAAAAACUAAGCAGUCUAAACAGACUUUAAAUCCUUCUCCUGAUCCUCCGCUACCACCUUCAUUAGACCCUUCUUCUGGCUUAGCACCUCCUCCUCCGCCACCACCACCACCACCACCUAUGCCAUCAAUACUCGGUGGCACAGGAAACAAUACAGCAGCUCCUCCACCUCCACCGCCUCCACCUCCACCAUUUUUAUCCAGCGGUUCAGGAUCUCCUGCUCCACCACCACCACCUCCUCCUCCGUUCCCUACUGGGAAAGUACCUAAGGAGACAGUGAAGUCGACAUCGGCUUCGCCUGUUCCAGGCCCAUUUGACAAUUACCCAAGGCCGAAGAAGAAGUUGAAACAAUUGCACUGGGAAAAGUUUGAUAACAACACUUCAAACUCAUUCUGGCUGAAUUCUCAAACUAAUACCAUAGCUAAUGAUUUGAUGACAAAGGGAAUUUUUGAUGAAAUUGAACUCAUAUUUGCUGCUAAAGAAAUUAAAAAGUUAGCAACAAAGAAGAAGGAAGAUAUCGACAAGUUAUCCUUCUUAUCGCGUGAUGUUGCACAACAGUUUGGUAUCAAUUUACAUUCUUUCAAUAAUUUAUCGGAUGAGGAAAUUGUUGCUAAGAUUUUGAGAUGUGAUAAAGAUAUCAUUACAAACCCUGCCAUUUUGGAAUUUUUAGGCAAAGAAGAUAUUGUUGAAGUUACCAAUACCUUAGCAAGAAAUUUUGAGCCGUACUCGACUGAUUACAAAAUGGAUCAAAUUUCGAAACCCGACAAGGAUCCAAAUGAAUUACAAAAACCUGAUAGAAUUUAUUUGGAGUUAAUUUAUAACUUGCAGCAUUAUUGGAAAUCUAGAAUAAGAGCGUUAACAGUUAUAUCUUCUUUUGAAAAAGAAUACGAGGAACUUGUUUUUAAAUUGAGGUCAAUUGAUGAAGCGGUGGAAAAAAUUAAAAAUUCACAACACUUGAAAAGUGUGUUUCAGAUUAUUUUGACUGUAGGUAAUUAUAUGAAUGAUUCUACAAAACAAGCUCAAGGUUUCAAAUUAAGCUCCUUGCAAAGAUUAAGUUUCAUGAAGGAUGACAAGAAUAGUAUGACGUUUUUGCAUUACGUAGAGAAAAUCAUCAGGACACAGUAUCCAGAAUUAUUAAGUUUCCUAGAUGAAUUAUCUAAAUGCAUAGAAAUUGCGAAGUUUUCAAUUGAAACUAUUGCAAAUGAUUGCAAAGAUUACGCACAAAGUAUCAAGAAUGUACAGAGUUCGAUUGACAUCGGUAAUUUGAGUGAUGUUUCCAAAUUUCAUCCUCAAGAUAAAAUAUUAAAACUGGUUCUUCCUGUUUUGCCCAGAGCAAAAAGAAAAGGCGAAUUGUUAUUAGACCAAUCCGGAUACACUUUGAAGGAACUUGAUCAAUUGAUGAGGUAUUUUGGUGAAGAUCCAACAGAUUCGUUUGUUAGAAAUUCUUUUAUUAGUAAAUUCGCAAACUUUGCUAAAGAUUUCAAGAGAGCGCAAACCGAAAAUAUUAAGCGUGAAGAAGAACUUAGAAUUUAUGAAAACAGGAAGAAACUAUAUGAGACUCCUACUAGAAAGCAGCUGGAAAAUAAAGAGCCAAAUGAUGACAGUGAUUCUAAUGUCAUGGAUUCAUUGCUAGAAAAAUUGAAGGCUGCAGGUCCUCUGAAGGGCGAACCCUCAUCUGCACGUAAGAGGGCACUAAUGAGAAAACACUUAUUGGAAAGUCUGAGAAAAAGUCCCCUGAAAGCAAGCAUACAACUAUCCCCGCCACCUUCUCCCGAUUCUCAAGAUGAACAUACAUUACAUUCGCCUUCUCGUGAUACAUUUAAUUCACAAAUAAAAGCGGACUCAACAGAUGCAGAAACUGGUUUAAAUGACGAGGAAGUAGUAGACGGAGAAAAAGAUGUUGGCUCGAGGGCAAGGGAUUUGUUGAUGGAGUUAAGAGGAGUAAAUGAAAACAGCUCUACUGAUCGUAUGUCUGCAGCACUGAAAUUCAGGCAAGAACGACUUAGAAGAAAGCUAUCAAAUAUUGGAAUAUCAAAUGAUUCAGAACAUAAUCCUAUUGCAGAAAAUGAUGAAGUUGGAGAAUAA